CUUUUAUUUUUUUUCAAUUUCAAUUAGAAAAGAAAUGUGGUAAUUGUCCCAUAUGAAAAUUGGGAUUUUGAAAGGUGUCAAAGUAGAAGGUGAAGAGAAUAAUAUUUGUUUGACAGAAAGCAACGAGUAUUGUAGUGCCGCCGGCGCCGUAAUCUCCUCCAUCCAGUCGAUUAACGAUGGAAUGUGCGGAUGCAUCCAAUUUGGACUUAGAAAAUGUGGGACCACGAGUUAAUGGUGGGGAAAUGGAUGGUUUUAGAUGCACCGUUGAUGAGCUAGUCAUGAACAUUGAUAAGGUGCUGUACUUUCAGCUUGAACAAAGAGUGAAUGAAGUUGAGAACUUCUACUUGAAUACAAGCAUAAAGCAACCAAACACCUCAAAGAAUGCUUCUUCAGCGAAACACAAAGAUAAGGAUAAACAUGUUCCUGGCUUUAAGAAGCUACAACAGGAAGCAUCACGCAGAGAGGCUGCUGCAGCUAAGAGGAUGCAGGAGCUUAUGCGCCAGUUUGGCACAAUAUUGCGCCAGAUCACUCAGCACAAAUGGGCUUGGCCUUUUAUGCAGCCCGUUGAUGUUAAGGGACUUGGGUUGCAUGACUACUAUGAGGUUCAUUAUGCAGUUGAACUGAUUUCUGUCUAUCAGAUUAUUGACAGACCCAUGGACUUUAGUACAAUAAAGAACCAAAUGGAGGCCACGGAUGGCACUGGGUAUAAGCAUGUCAGAGAGAUCAGUGCUGAUGUUAGGCUGGUGUUCAAGAAUGCAAUGAAGUACAAUGAUGACAAGAGUGAUGUUCAUCUGAUGGCGAAAACAUUACUGGAAAAAUUUGAGGAGAAAUGGAUACAACUUCUGCCAAAAGUUAAUGAGGAGGAAAAAAGACGAGAAGAGGAGGAAGCUGAAGCCCAACUGAAUAUGCAGUUUGCUCAGGAGUCUGCUCAUGCUAAACUAGCCAGGGAUCUGUGUAACGAGCUUUAUGAAGUUGACACACACGUAGAGGAACUCAGAGAGAUGGUGGUCAGAAGAUGCAGGAAAAUAUCAAUAGAGGAGAAGAGAAAUCUAGGGAUAGCUCUCACGAAGUUAUCUCCUGAUGAUCUUAGUAAGGCACUGGAGAUAGUAGCACAAAAUAACCCACUAUUUCCAGCUUCAGCAGAAGAGGUGGAACUUGACAUAGAUGCCCAGAGCGAAUUGACACUAUGGAGGCUAAAAUUCUUCACCAAGGAUGCAUUAGAAGUUGAUGGUAAGAGUUCAAGCAAAGGUGACAACAGUAACUCAGCCAAUGUUGCUGCUACUAACCCUAAUAUUAGUGCUGCCUCCGGAAGAAAAAGGGAGAUUUGUGAUGCACUUGUGAAGAAUGCCAAGAAACGAAAUAAAAAACCCUCUAGAUGAAUGUUUAUGAAACGGGCUGCAGUAUAGAUUUUAGGUUCAUGUGUAUCAUCAUCAGAAGAAAAGGUUUCUUUGUCUUAUCGCAUUCAUUCUCAAAUGAAAGAAUGAAUGAGACAUUUGAUACUAAAAGUUGACUAUUUCUCAAGCAUUGUACGAGGAAAUGAAAUGAUGUUGGUGUUCAAUAUUUCUGUGAAUAUGUAACUUCCAUUCUUUCUUAUUGGGCUCCCUCAGUGAAGCUAUUUUACAAA